AUUGACACCAGGACUAGCCAAUAAGAGCACUCGUUUAUUGUUAAGCCACGCCCACUCGCGUCUCAGACAGUCCUCUUUGGAAUGUCAUUGGCUCAGUGGAAUAUCAAAGGGGCCGGAAGUAGACGCGCAAACUUUUCCCCUCUCUAACUCUGAAGUUUUUGGACUUGCGCACUAGCUGGCAGGGUGGAACCUGGUCAGAUGUGGUUCUUCUGCUCUGAAAAAAGUUUUCCAUGGCGGUGAUCGGGAAUCAGUAGCGGAGUGGAGCAAGUGGAAGUGACGAGAAAAGAAAGAAAAAACAAAGGAGGGAAAAAAAGCAGGAGAAAAAAUACACAAAAAAAGCGAUCUCCGAGGUUGAUGUAUGAGAUUCCUGCGUAACAGCUCAGCACAGCUUUCCGAGCGAGGCGCACGGGUUCCGGGAGAAGCGAGAGGACGCACGGAGGCAACAAUGCGCGGCGUGGCCCUCGUGCUGAGUUUGGUGGCCGUGUGCGCGACGCGCGUCCACGCGGCCAUGGACGAGUGCGUGGACGAGCAGAACCGUGGGCCUCAGCGCUGCAUGCCUGAGUUCGUGAACGCGGCGUUCAACGUGACCGUCGUGGCGACCAACACGUGCGGCUCUCCGCCCGAAGAGUACUGCGUGCAGACCGGCGUCACCGGCGUCACCAAGUCGUGCCACAUCUGCGAUGCCCGCGAUCCGCGCCAGCAUCACAGCGCCGUCUACCUCACCGACUACAACAACCAAGCCGACACCACCUGGUGGCAAAGCCAGACCAUGCUCGCAGGGGUCCAGUAUCCCAACUCCAUCAACCUCACCCUGCACUUAGGAAAGGCCUUUGACAUCACCUACGUGCGCCUGAAGUUCCACACCAGCCGCCCGGAGAGCUUCGUCAUCUACAAGCGCACGCGCGAGGACGGCCCGUGGAUUCCGUACCAGUACUACAGUGGCUCGUGCGAGAAAACCUACAGCAAGGUGAACAGAGGCUUCAUCCGCACCGGCGAGGACGAACAGCAGGCGCUCUGCACGGACGAGUUCAGUGACAUCUCGCCGCUCACCGGCGGAAACGUGGCCUUCUCGACGCUCGAGGGACGCCCCAGCGCGUACAACUUCGACAGCAGCGCGGUGCUCCAGGAUUGGGUGACGGCGACGGACAUCCGAGUGACCCUGAACAGGCUGAACACAUUCGGAGACGAAGUCUUCAAUGACCCCAAAGUGCUCAAGUCAUACUACUACGCUAUCUCCGACUUUGCCGUAGGAGGACGGUGCAAGUGUAACGGCCAUGCCAGUGAGUGCGUGAAGAACGAGUACAGCAAGUUGGUGUGUAACUGCAAGCACAACACCGGAGGCGACGACUGCAACGAGUGCAAGCCAUUCUAUAACGACCGCCCGUGGCGACGGGCCACUGCCGACAACGCCAACGAGUGCCUGCCAUGCAACUGCAACGGCAAGAGCAGAGAAUGCGACUUCGACCUGUCCCUGUACCGCGCCACGGGGCACGGAGGCCGCUGCCGAAACUGCGCCGACAACACGGAUGGCCCCAACUGUGAGCGCUGCCUGGCCAAUUACUACCGAAUGGGUCCGGAUCAGCGCUGCCUGGCCUGCAACUGCAACCCAGUCGGCUCUCUGAGCACUCAGUGCGACAACACAGGGCGUUGCAGCUGCAAGCCGGGUGUCAUGGGUGACAAGUGCGACCGCUGUCAGCCCGGAUAUCACUCGCUGACCGAAGCAGGCUGCAGGCCCUGUUCCUGCAACCCUUCGGGAAGCACACAGGAGUGCGACGUCAAUACGGGACGCUGCCAGUGCAAGGGAAACGUAGACGGAUUCAGCUGCGACAGGUGUAAACUGGGCUUCUUCAACCUGGACAGCCAGAACCCUCAGGGAUGCACGCCUUGCUUCUGCUUUCAUCAUUCCACAGUGUGCGAGAGCGCAGAGGGCUACAGCAUCCACCGCAUCACGUCCACCUUCGAUCGAGGUGACGAAGACUGGAAGGGUCAGCAGAGAGAUGGCUCCAGCGUGCCAGUGCAGUGGUCUCCGAGCUCUCAGGAGAUCUCGCUCAUUUCGGAGGAUUACUUCCCCAUGUAUUUUGUGGCUCCAGAGAAGUUUUUGGGGAACCACUUCCUGAGCUACGGCCAGAACCUGACGCUCAACUUCCGGGUAGAGCGCCGUGACGCGCGUCUCUCAGCCGAGGACGUGGUGCUGGAGGGAGCUGGGCACCGCAUCGCCGUGCCCCUUAUCGCCCAGGGAAACUCGUAUCCUGGAGACCAGAUGCAGACCUUUGUGUUCAGGCUUCAUCACACCCCAGAUUCGCCCUGGAGACCAGAGCUGCAACAUGCAGAGUUCCAGAAGCUUCUCCACAACCUGACUGCCAUCAAGAUCCGUGGAACCUACAGCGAGAGAAGUGCCGGAUAUCUGGAUAACGUGUCCCUGGUGACUGCGCGGCGAGGACACGGGGAUCCGGCGCGCUGGGUCGAGAGGUGUACGUGUCCUCCCGGUUACGAGGGUCAGCACUGUGGGAGGUGCGCUUUGGGGUACAGGCGAAGCCGACCGGCGCUGGGCCAGUUCAGCCCUUGUGAAGCCUGCAACUGCAACGGCCACAGCGACACCUGUGACCCUGAAACAGGAAUGUGCGACUGCCAGGACAAUACAGCCGGCAUGAGUUGCGAAAGGUGUAAGGACGGUUUCUACAACAAUGCCACGGUCGGUUCACCUUCAGUCUGCAUAAAGUGCCCGUGUCCCGCAGGCGCCACUUGCGCCGUCGUGCCCAAAACCAGAGAGGUGGUGUGCACCAACUGUCCAGCCGGCACCACAGGGAAGCGGUGCGAGCUGUGCGACGACGGGUUCUUCGGCAACCCUCAGGCCUCCAGCGGUCCCACGAGGCCGUGCCGGGCGUGCAACUGCAACAACAACAUUGACCCGAACGCCGUGGGCAACUGCGACCGCGACAGCGGCGAGUGCCUGAAAUGCAUCUACAACACCAACGGCUUCUUCUGCGACCGCUGCAAAGAGGGUUUCUACGGCAACGCCUUGGCCAGCAACCCCGCCGACAAGUGCAAACCUUGCGCUUGCUCACCGUACGGCACGGUGAACGGAGACUCGACGUGCAUGCAGGUCACGGGGCAGUGCGAGUGCCUCCCUCACGUCAUCAACAGAGACUGCAGUGCCUGCGAGGCCGGCUUCUACAACCUGCAGAGCAAAGAAGGCUGCCAAAGGUGCAACUGCAACCCCGUCGGCUCCACCAACGGCCAGUGCGACAUCGCGAGCGGCCAAUGUGAGUGUCAGCCUGGAGUCACGGGGCAGCACUGCGAUCGCUGCGAGGUCAACUUCUUUGGCUUCGGCUCGUCCGGAUGCAAACCCUGUGAUUGUGACCCCGAGGGCUCCCGGACGGCUCAAUGCAGAGACGACGGGCGUUGCGAGUGUCGCUCUGGCUUCGUCGGUACUCGCUGCGAUAUGUGCGAGGAGAACUACUUCUACAACCGCUCCAUUUCCAGAUGCCAGCAGUGUCCUAACUGCUACAGCCUCGUCAGGGACAAGGUGAACCAGCAGAGGCAGAAGCUCCACGACUUGCAAAAUCUGAUCGACAACCUGGGCAGCCAGGAUACAGUGAGCGACAAGGCCUUCGAGGACCGCCUCAAAGAGGCAGAGAAAACCAUCAUGGAUCUCCUCAAGGAGGCUCAGGCCAGCAAAGAGGCGGACAAAGACCUCUUGGAUCGCUUGAAGAGCGUCAACGACACGCUGACGACGCAGUGGAACCGGCUGGAGAACAUCAGGAACACCGUGGAGGACACCGGAAACCUGGCGGACAGGGCGCGCGGCAGAGUGCGCGACACGGAGAAGCUGAUCGAGCGCGCUCGGGACGAGCUAGACAAGGCGAAGGACGCCAUCAGCAAAGUGGAUAUAAAAAUUCCCACAACCACUGGAGAUCCGAACAACAUGACGCUCCUGGCUGAGGAGGCACGCAGUCUGGCAGAGAAGCACAAGACGGACGCGGAUCAGAUCGAGAAGAUCGCGAAAGACGCCAACGACACUUCGACGAAGGCCUACAACCUGCUCAUGAAGACUUUGGAUGGCGAGAGCAAAAUCAACAAGGACAUCGACGACCUGAACAAGAAGUACAAUGAUGCCAAGGAUCUGGCGAAGAACCUGGAGAAACAGGCCACCAAAGUACGCUCCGAAGCCGAAGAAGCGGGAGACAAGGCUAUGAAGAUCUACGCGAACUUGACCAGCCUGCCUCCGUUUGACCUCAAAUCGCUCGAGGACGAAGCCAAUAAAAUAAAGAAGGAGGCGUCGGACCUGGAUAAGCUCAUAGAUAAGACUGAGAAGGAAUACGUCGAUCUAAGAGAAGACUUGCGAGGAAAAGAAAACGAUGUCCGCCGACUGCUAGAGAAGGGGAAGACCGAGCAACAGACAGCGGAUCAGUUGCUGGCUCGAGCCGAUGCUGCCAAGGCCCUGGCCGAGGAGGCAAAGGAGAAAGGCACGGCCACCUUCAAGGAGGCAGAGGCCAUUCUUAACAACCUCCGGGACUUCGACCGGAGAGUGAACGACAACAAGACGACAGCCGAAGAGGCCCUGAAGCGCAUCCCACAGAUCAACGCGACAAUCAACGCUGCCAACGAGAAGACCCGGCAGGCAGAGGCCGCCCUCGGCAACGCAGAGGCCGACGCCAAAGACGCCAAAUCCAAAGCGGAGCAAGCGGAGAAAAUAGCCAGCAACGUCCAGAAGGGUUCUGCCAAAACCAAGGCAGAUGCCGAAAAAGCCUUCGCCGACACCAUGAAGUUGGACGACGAGGUAAAGGACAUGAUGAAGCAGCUGGCAGACGCUGAGAACGAGCUGGAGAAGAAGCAAGACGAAGCCGCUCAGGACAUGAUGAUGGCUUCUAUGGCAUCAGCCAACGCCAAGGAAGCGGAUGAAAACGCCCGCAAGGCGAAGAACUCGGUCCGCACUGUCCUCGAUGCCAUCACCACCCUGCUCAGCCAGCUCGGCAAUAUCGACAAGGUGGACCUGAGUAAGCUGGACCAGAUCGACCGGUCGCUGCAGGACGCGAAGGACAAAAUGGCCGGCAGCGACUUGGACAGGAAGCUGAAGGAGCUGGAAGACAUUUCCAAGAGCCAGGAGGACAUGAUCGGCGAUUACGACCGGCAGAUCCGCGAGAUCCGCGCCGACAUCGCCAACCUCAACGACAUCAAAAACACCCUGCCGAACGGCUGCUUCAACACGCCGUCCCUCGAGCGGCCUUAACCCCUUCCACUCGUCUCUCCACCCUGAUGGUCCCUUUCGACAUUUCUAACAUUUGAUCCAAGAUGCCAUCUUUUACCAAAAUCUGUCAUGCUUUUUUUUUUUUUUUUUU